UUUCAGGGUUUCCAUUGGCUCCGCCCUUUCUCCGCCGUUCCUUCCGGCUUCUUUCUCUGGGUUGCCUGUGGGCGAAUGUGAUACUUUUUGCACACAUUCGCAGUUUGCUGCGGCGCUUCCCUCCCCCCCUCCACUUUUAUUGUUUUUUUUAAAUAGAAAAUAUUCAUUGAUGUCAUCGGGUGUAGAGGGAGGGAGAGGAACGAACCUCUAAUUUUCAUGCUGCAUGGGGGGAAAGUGAGCGAGGGCGGUGGGCUUCUCUUCUCUGUUUUUAUUUUAUUUUUAAAGUCUUAUUCUUUAAAGUGCUGGCUUCCAGUUCAAAGUUCACAAAGCAUCGCUUACCCCUCCUCCCCCUAAAAAGUGCAGUAGGUUUUUCUCUUUUUUUAAAAAUGCAAGAUGGCGGACUUGCACUGAAGAAGCAGAAAUGCAGAGGUCUCUAAAAGCUGCUUGCAAAAUAUUGCAAGGUGGUAGACGCCGAAGUUAAGAAGCUGCUGCUUGUCCUUUUAUCCUUUGCACUGCAAGUCGCCGUCUUGCCUUGUUGCACUACAGAGAUGCUGCUAACGGGCUGAAUAAUGCUGAGAACCUGCCAUGCGAUGACGGAGAACCAAAAGCCAUUAUCGUAAGACAAUCCUCCAGGAAGCUUGACUCGGAGCAGGAGCCGCGUCAACUCAAACCUGCCAAGUCUCUUCGCCGCAGCAGAAUGGCAAGUAAACGGAAAUCCACCACGCCCUGCAUGGUCUUAGCGAGUGAGCCAGACCCAGACUUGGAGGUGGUCUCUGACACGGAGGAAGCACCGGCUGCGAUCACGCCAGCGGGGAGCAUCUCGAGCGACGAAGACUCUCAAGAAUAUGCAGACUCGGACAAUCAGCAAAAAAAAAAAGUCGAAGGGGGUUAUGAAUGCAAGUACUGUACGUUCCAGACUCCAGAUCUCAAUAUGUUUACUUUCCACGUGGAUUCUGAGCACCCGACCAUCGUACUGAGCUCCUCCUACGUCUGCCUUGAGUGCAAAUUCGUCACCAAGAGGUAUGACGCCCUUUCGGAACACAAUAUGAAAUACCACCCUGGAGAGGAGAACUUUAAGCUCACCAUGGUGAAGCGUAACAACCAGACCAUCUUUGAGCAGACAGUGAACGACCUCACUUUCGAUGGGAGUUUCGUCCAGGAGGAGAAAGCAGAGGAGUCGGAAGCUUCCGAGGGCCAUCUGUCGGGCAUCUCGAUCAGCAAAACCCCAAUUAUGAAAAGGAUGAAGAAUAAGAACGAAUCGAAGCGGAUCGCCGUGUUCCACAAUGCGGCGGAGGAUGGUGCUGCAGAGGAGAAGGAUGCUGAGUCGGACCCAGAGUGUGAGGAAAUCGUAGAGAAACCGGCUCCUACCGUUUUGGACCCCAACCCAAGUAAUUCACUGGCGGCAGAAACCAUUAGCACGGUUGUGAACCCCACGACAGUGAUCCAGCCUGCGCAAGUGAUUACUACCAUCACGUCUCCGCAGAACUCAAACUUGAUUUCUAAAGUCUUGAUCCCUAUCAAUAGCAUUCCGACCUAUAACACGGCUUUGGAUAACAACCCCCUCUUGCUCAACACCUACAACAAGUUCCCGUACCCGACAGUGUCUGAAAUCGCACUUCUAGCCACGCAAGCGAAAUACACCGAGGAGCAGAUCAAAAUCUGGUUCUCUGCCCAGCGCCUGAAGCACGGCGUCAGCUGGACGCCGGAGGAGGUAGAAGAAGCAAGGAGGAAGCAGUUCAAUGGCACCGUGCACACUGUCCCUCAGACCAUUACGGUCAUCCCAGCACACAUUUCGGCAGCCGGCAACGGCCUGCCUUCCAUUCUGCAGACCUGCCAAAUAGUUGGCCAGCCGGGCCUGGUGCUUACACAAGUCACGGGUGCCGGUACGCUUCCGGUAACUGCCCCGAUCGCGUUGACGGUGGCCGGAGUCCCGAACCCGGCCCAGUUGCAGAAAGCGCAGGUGCAAGCAACUCAGCCCGUUACCGAAACCAAGCAGGUGGCUGCCGUCCCGGCCCCUCAGCUUACCAAAUCGGAGGUGGUGGCGGCGGCAAACGUGGACGUGGUCGGGGGACGUACAAAGAAGACCAAGGAGCAGCUGACGGCGCUGAAGAUCAGCUACCUGAAAAGUCACUUCCCUCUCGAUUCCGAGAUCAUUCGGCUCAUGAAAGCGACGGGCCUGACCAAAGGGGAGAUCAAGAAGUGGUUCAGUGACACCCGGUACAACCAGAGGAACUCGAAGCACAACCACUAUAACCAUCUCAACAACGACUCCUGCACCAUUGUGAUUGACUCGAGCGACGAGACGAACGAGCCCUCAGCGCUGGUGCAGCCGCAGCAGAAACAGUCGUGGAAUGCCUCUGACCUCAGCCCCCAGAAAUUUAAGGAGAAGACUGCCGAGCAACUGCAGGUCCUCCAAGACAGUUUCCACAACAACCCUGCUCUUACAGACGAUGAACUGAACAGGAUACGGUCGGAGACCAAGCUGACCAGGCGGGAGAUUGAUGCUUGGUUUUCGGAACAGAAAAAACCGAACGUUCCGCAGGACGAAAGCGAGGAAUUGGCCGAAAGUAAUUCAGGAAGCUUGAAGGAAGCAUCUGCUGAGGCCUGUGGUGGGGAAGGAACUGGAGCCCAGAAGUCAGGGAAGCUGUCUAAGAAGUCGCCGGAACAACUGCACAUGCUCAAAAUGUCCUUCGUCCGGACGCAGUGGCCGUCCGCGGAAGAAUACGACAAGUUGGCAGAAGAGACCAAGCUCCCCCGGCCGGAAAUCGUUAGCUGGUUUGGAGACACGCGUUACGCCUGGAAAAAUGGCGGCUUGAAAUGGUACUACUACUACCAAGGGGCCAACGCGAGCGGUAUGAAUGGCCAAGGCUAUUCGAGGCGGAGGGGGAGAGGACGGUCGAAAGGCCGAGGGAGGGGAAGGCCUCGUGGGCGGCCAAGGGCCAACAAACGGAUCAGGCCUUGGGACAGGACGCCGAUCAUCAAAUUUAAAACUGGAAAAGCCAUCCUGAAGGAUUAUUACCUGAAACACAAAUUCCUUAACGAGCAGGACCUUGACGAGCUGGUGGCCAAAUCGCACAUGGGAUACGAGCAGGUCAGGGAGUGGUUUGCGGAGAAGCAGAGGAGAGCCGACUUAGGCCUUGAGUUGUUUGAGGAGGAAGACGACGAGGAGGAGACAUUGGAAGAGCAGGACGACGAAGACGAAGGUGAGGCUGAGGAGGACGAAGAAACAGACGACAGCGACAACUGGGAGCCUCCUCGACACGUUCGACGUAAGCUCUCGAAAUCGGACUGAGGUUCCAGUUCUUUGGGCGUGGGGCGUGGCUGUGUGGUGCCAAAUGAUUGACGCUGUCCCUCCAGUCCUGGUGGCCCCUAUAGAUUCCUUCCACUUUUGGAAGGGGGAAAAUGAGUCAUUGACUCCUGUAGCAAUCGCAUAUUUGCUCCUUGGUUGGCCGAAGUGAACAAGCAGUCCCGGGAUUUGGAAUUUACAAAUCUGGCUCUCCUCCACAUCUCUGCUGGCUAGGCUGCACCACAUAAGGGACUGUUGGUUUAAUGGCCUUAUGUUUGAUUCCAAAAAUCCUUUAAGGGUGCAGAUGUUUUUUUAAAAAUAAAA